AUGUGUUCAAUUGAAUCAAUACGACAUUCGUCACAUUCAACAAAGAACAAAUUAUCAAAUCGAACAAUACCAUUGAAAAUGAUUGAAAAACGUUUACAUCAUUUAAAAGAAGAAUUACGUGUUUUAACAACAAAAGAAAUAAUAAAUAGUGAACAACAAAUUGAACAGAAUGAUGAUCAUCAUGCACAAUAUAAAAAACGUUUAGAUCAAUUAUUAAGAUUAUAUGAUAAACAAAUUAAUAAUCUGAAUCUUUGGCAUUAUGAACGAUGUAAUACCAUCGAAAAAAUGUAUACACAUGAAUUACGACAAUCUGAUGAAACGUUUCAAAUGAAAAAAAUUGAUUUUAAAUCAAAAUUAUUAUCAACAUUUAAUGAUAAACGUCGUCAUUUGGAAUAUGAACAUCAAAAUGUAAAUAUUCGUCAUCGUCAUAAUUCAGAUAAUGAACAAUUUUUACUCAAUGGAAUUCAUAAUCAUAUUAAUGAUACUAAUGUAUAUGAUGGACAUAAUCAUCAAUCGAAUGAAUCUACUCAACAACAAUUGCAACAACGACCAGCAUAUAAUCUAAGACGAGCAGCUGCUAAUGAUAUUCUUACAGAAAAUUCUACAUCAUCAACAGUAACAUCAUUGAAAGAUUUAUCAAUAUUUAGUGGAACAAGUUCUUUAUUACCACCAUUUGGUGGUAUUGAAUUACAACGUUGUUUAUCAAAUACAGAUAUUGAACAAGAUAUAAAAGAUAUUUGUCAUAGUUUAAAACAUAUUGAAUCAAUUGAUGAAAAGAAAUCUUCUGAAAAUCAACAUGAUGAUUCAUCAACAAAAUCUCUUAUUGAUGUUCGUAUUGAAGAAGGUCGUUUAUGGUAUCAACGAGCAUGGUUUUCACGUAAUUCACCAAUACUUUUAGUUUUUGAUGAUCUCGAAAUAGUUCCUGCACUUGUUUUAACAGUCGGACGUAAUGAUUUACUUGUACGUCGUUCAGGUACAAAUAUAAAACAUCGUGUUAGUCUUUCACUUUUACAUGAUGGACAUUUAGCAAUUCGAAAACGUGGUUGUAUAUUUUAA